CGCUCCUGGUGACACAGCCCCACACCACCCUCGCAAUAUCCUCUGGCUGAGCUAUGCUGACUGCAUACAUUGAUUGCUUCUCCGGCGUAGCCGGAGAUAUGCUGCUGGCAGCUUUGAUAGACGCGGGUGCCCCAUUGGAAGCCAUUCGGGAGGGGCUUGGGACCAUUGCUCCAAUUAAGGGCGAGUGGGAUAUCAAUUUGCACCGCGUCACGAAAGGAAUGGGUUCCAUCGCGGCUGCCCACGUAAACGUCACCAGCAAAUAUCAACACCGCCCGGCCGCCCCCCCUUCGGCUUCCCCUCAUAGCGACCACAGUCACGGCCACACCCAUUCUCAUGGUCACUCCCACGACCAUUCUCAUGGCCAUUCUCAUGGCCAUACUGACAAUGAGCGCGACGGGCAAGCACAACAUCGGAGUGAAGUGGUGACCCCUGCAACAACCUCCCCCGCAGACGCGACCGAGGGUAUUGAGGACGGCCCUGUCAGAGACUUGACCACCAUCAGGAAGAUGAUCAUGGAGUCGGGUCUGCCACCCGCGGUGAAAGAACGCAGCGUGCGAGUGUUUACUGAACUUGGUGAGGCGGAAGCGAAGACUCAUGGCUCGACCCUUGAUCAGGUUCAUUUUCACGAGGUGGGGGCAAUCGACAGCAUCAUCGACACGGUAGGGGUCGUGUACGCACUGCACCUACUCGGCAUUGAAAAGGUCUACUGCUCAGCGCUGCCCUUGUCUGAGGGUACGGUUUGGACUGCGCACGGCAUCCUCCCUGUUCCCGCACCAGCGACGCUUCGGCUGAUGGUAGGACUACCCACCUGCCCCGGACCAAAAAGCGCUAAAGGGGAGCUAGUGACACCUUCGGGGGCGGCCUUGGUUCGUGUCCUUUCCUCCGAGUUUGGGAGGCCAUCUUUGUUUACUCCUGGGGCAAUUGGCAUCGGAGCAGGCACCAAAGAUUUUGACAAGCAUCCCAACAUUUUGAGGGUGAUCCUGGGGGAGGUUCCCCCCCCGCUGCCGUCGGAAGAACCACAACCAGUAGAGCAGAUAAGGGCAUCUCCCGCAGACGGGGCGCGAGAAACGGGGAGCUGGACCACGCGUCAGCUUUCGGUACUUGAGGCUAAUAUUGACGACAUGACCGGCGAAGCGGCGGGAUACUUAAUGGAGGUGCUGCUGGAAGCGGGCUGUCUGGAUGCCUGGCUCUGCCCAAUUUUAAUGAAGAAGGGGCGCCCGGCGUUCACUGUGAGCGUGCUGUGCGAGCAGCAUGACCAAGAGCGCUUCGUGCGCCUCCUGUUCACCGAGAGCUCAACCCUGGGGGUGCGAAGACGCUCUGUAGAGCGCUGCGCGCUUCGCCGAAAGACGGUUCCAGUGUCUACCACGUUUGGCGACGUGCGAGUCAAGGUGGCCUGGCUGGAUGGCGUGGUUGUCAGUACAAAGCCAGAGUACGAAGACUGUAAGGUACUGGCCACCAACGCCGGAGUUCCUCUCCAGGCGGUGACAGACCAGGCUCGGGCGGUGGUGCAGGCUUCUCUCCCCGAGGAGCAACCGGACGUAAUGUAG